UACAGGAGACUGGUGGCAUUGGUGGAGUGGGCGUAGGGGGUGGGGUGUCUGUUGACAACUUGACACCAGUGCAUGGUGUUACAAACGUUCUGUAACUAGUAUGGGCUAGUAUACAGCUCUCCGUUCGAUAGGCACGACUGCAUACACCGAGUCACUCCGUGCAAAAGCCAGUCGAGGUUCGCGUACAAUGAUAUUCGAAUACAACAUUCAAGUCUGUGAUAUUCGUAGUCAGAGGUCAUACGAUACAUGAACGAGCUCCCACCGUUCACGAAGUCUUUCAAUUUCUUAAAAUUCGACGUUUUAUGAAGAUGUGAUGUAUCUUAAGUUGAAAGUGCUUAUUUAAAAGUGUAGAAAGAUUGUCUGCUGGAACUUGGAUUUAUGAACUACCAUCAACGAUGGGUUUCGCCCUUAGCAGAAUUUUUUCGCUGCUACAAAGGCCUGAGCCAUUCAGGGUGUUGAUGGUUGGCUUAGACAGUGUGGGGAAGACUACAGUUCUCUACAAAAUGAAAUUGGACGAAGUUCUGACGACGAUCCCUACCGUUGGUUUCAAUCUCGAGUCACUAGAGCACAAGGGUGUUACGUAUACAGUGUAUGACUUUGGCAACCAGCCAUGGAUUCAUCGGCUGAUUAAAUUAUACGCCGAGGUAGCUUCUGCUGUCAUCUUUGUAGUGGACAGCAGCGACGCAGAAAGAAUAGAUCAAGCAAAGGAAGCACUGCACUUUACGCUGGAGGACGAGCAGCUGGAAAACUGCCCAUUGCUCGUUCUGGCCAACAAGCAAGACCUACCCCAGGCCAAGUCGCCGCAGUGGAUCACAGACGCCCUCAACCUCAAGGACCUGAAACGCCCUUGGUCUGUUCAGGGAACGUCUGCUCUCGACUCCACGGGUCUACAGGAAGCCUUCGAUUGGCUCGAGAAGGAAGUCUCAAAGAGAAUAUAAAAUUCUCUUGUUUAAGUUUUCUCCCUUCGUCCUGCGUCAGAACCUCAAUUUUUCUUUAUUUCCCCCCUUUUUUUUUAUACAUCAGAAGCUCCAUCUUUCAUACAAGUUCAUUAUUAUUGUUAAAAAUAAUCGCAACCUAUUCGCACGAUAAUUUCGAAUGUGCUGUACGAUAAACGCGCCCAAAUAAAAACGAAACAUAUUUUGUACAUAACUGGGUUUUAAAUGACCUCUGUUCUUAAUCAGAACAUCAUUCCUUUUGUAUAUUAUUCACCAGUGAACAUAUUCUUAAUAAAAACUAUAACAUUUCUUGGGUUAUGUAACUUCCAAGGAAGCUCUCGUAGGAAAUACACCGAA